GACAGUUUUCCUCAAUGUCGGAUUUGUCAACAAAAGCGAGAAUGUUCGUCGUAUUUUUUUUCGAGAAAAUGGCAUAAAUUCAAAAAGAACAUGAAGCGGACGACGCAACUAUAUGAUUUAUAUUGGGAAGAUAUUUUAGUGGCACGAAUACUACCGUACCUCACUAUUCAAGAAUGUUUUAAUUUUCGCUGUGUUUCAAAAACUAGCAUGCAGAUUAUAGACAUGUAUUUUUCCAAGCUGAAAUCGCUGAAGCUCAUGAAUAAAGGCUUUUCACCACACACCUUCAAUGUGUUCACUGCAACUUGUACAAGACUGAAAGACCUGAAUUUGAGUCGGUGCACGAGUGUCACGGAUGCUGAACUAAUACCAAUGCUACUCCAGAAUCAUUGCAUAGAGAAUUUAAACCUGAGUCAAUGUAAAAACGUGACUGCCAAAUGUUUACAACCAGUUAUAUUAUAUUGCAAUAAUUUACGGACUUUAAAGCUGGCUAAAUGUGCUUGGCUUACAACGGGAGCCAUGGAGGCUUUGGCUUUACACCAGAGCAAGUUGGAGAAUGUAGAUCUUUCUUAUUGUGUGUCUAUUUCCGAGAGCUGCAUCCUCAUAUUCCUAAAGAAGUUCAGAUUCCUCAAGACCCUGAGCCUGGAGGGAAACAAACAAGUGUCAGAUAAAAGUCUCUAUGCAUUGUCCAAGUAUAGCACAUCCUUGAAGCUACUCAACUUAGGUGGAUGUUCAGACAUUACAGAUAAAGGAGUCCGGGCCCUAGCGCUUCACAGCCACAAACUAGAAGGGCUGCUAAUCAGAGGGUGCACCAAAGUUACAGAAAACAGCCUGAAACACAUGCGGAACCGUGUCAACCUUGACAGGAGACCAGCAGAGCCUGUCCCUUACCAAGUUCUCAUCCAAGUGUAGCCAAAAAUACAAGUUACAAUUCAUGGGCACAUCUUUUCUACCAGUUUUACAACUGUAGUAUGAAAAAUUUAGUAGUAAUUUAAGUACAUAUUUCUGUUAAAUUUAAAUAGUAUUUUAGAAGGGCAUAAACUUUGUUUGCAUCCAAAAAGCUGUCUGCUGUCUAGUCCGUUGUAUUUUUAAAUUAUACAAUUACCUUAGAUUUGGUAUUGGUACAUGAUCUAAGGGAUUUUAAUUGUAUCCGCCUUUGAAUUUUAUUAUUCACUAAGUAUAAAUUUUAUUCAAUGUUGUUGUUAUUGAGCAUAUUUGUUUUAAGAGGUAUUGACCUAAAUGUAUAUUUCAGUAGCAAUACUAACAUAAUGGUAAAUUUGGCUAGAACUUAUUUUUUUUUAACAUGACUGUUGAGCUUUUGCAUAUAAUAUAAGUAUAUAACAAUUGUAACAUGUCCACAUACAACAAUAAACAAACCCCAAACUAAGCUUGUAUGUACUGUGGCGGGAUUACUAAUGUUUGGCCAAAAAACGUUUCCCAAAUUAUCACAUCGCAAACAACGUUUCGCAAAUUUUC